AUGGUGAAUGGGAACAAUGGGAAUAAUGGAAAUAAUGGUCGGGGUAACGGAGGUGGUAAUGCCCAUGGUAACGAAAAUCGCUUGAUGGGUCGGUUAGUAGAACAGUUCAUGAAGCUGAAGCCAUCCAAGUUUGAUGGCAAGCGAGAUCCCGAGGUUGCCCCUAGAUGGAUCGAGGAAUUAGAAAAGGCCUUUGAAGUUUUAGGGUGCAUUGAGGCUGAAAAAUAUUUCUCGGAGGCGGCCCAAGAACAGAAGCUGGUUGAAUUUCGGAACCUCCACCAGAAUCGGAUGACCAUUGAUCAGUAUGAAGCCGAGUUCUCCAGAUUGUCCAAGUAUGCUCCAAGAAUGGUGGAGAACCCCGUAGAUAGGGCAAGGAGGUUUAGAGAUGGAUUGAGGUCCGAUCUUCGCAGCCAGCUAGUGCUUCUGAAUUUGAAAGAUUAUGAUGAGCUGUACGAAAGAGGCCAGUUGGUAGAACGGGACAUGAGAGAAAGAGGAAUCACAUUUGGACCACGAUUUACUCCUGCUAGGGAUAAUCGUCACUUUGGCAAGAGGCAUGUGAUCGACAAUAGGCGUUUCGUCCCUUCUGUCAAGAAGAAUAUUGGGAAGCCAACGUAUCAAGCUAACUGGACUUGCUCGGCUUUGUGGACGGAAGCAUGGGAAUGGGCCUUGCCCAAGCAAGAUGGGAGUAUGCUAUAG